AUGGCACCAAGUCUCUUGCUAGACCCAGAGUCGCCGCCCUCAUCUCAUGUCCACGCGGUCAAGCAACCCUUCCACCACGACGGGAGUGUCUCGCUCAAGGACGCCCAGGCUUCUGUCGGCGACGACUUUUCUUUUUCUUCCACAGCCAUGAACGGUAAUGGUAACGGCAGUGUCAACAGCAAUAAUGGCUUUUCAUCUGGCAAUGGUUUCUCAGAUGCUCUUCAAGACGGACGCGAUUUCGUUACUGCACAAACUCUUCGUCAGCAAUCUGAAAGCUAUGCAACUCAGACUCGCACCAUGGGGUACGGAAAGCGUCCCAACAUCUUGUACAUUAUGGCCGAUCAGAUGGCUGCACCCAUGCUAAAGUUCAAUGACCCAGAGUCAGUUAUCAAGACACCUCAUCUUGAUGAGCUUGCCAGGACCGGCGUCAACUUUGCGAGCGCUUAUUGCAACUCACCCUUGUGCGCACCGUCUAGGUUCACCAUGUGCAGUGGCCAGCUGCCGUCCAAAAUUGGCGGCUAUGAUAACGCUUCCAUCCUAAGUCCAGAGAUUCCCACCUACGCCCACUACCUCCGCCGAGAAGGCUACGAGACUGCGCUCGCAGGAAAGAUGCACUUUAUUGGCCCUGAUCAGCUCCACGGAUUUGAGCACCGACUCACCUCCGACAUCUAUCCCGGUGACCUCGGAUGGUCUGUCAACUGGGACAAGCCAGAGGAACGCCAGGAAUGGUACCACAAUAUGUCUUCAGUUAUGCAAGCCGGACCUUGUGUGCGAUCCAACCAGCUCGACUAUGAUGAGGAUGUCAUGCACAAGGCCCAACAGUACCUUUACGAUUACGUUCGAUCAGACCCUGAGACUCGGCGACCUUUCGCUUUGACCAUCUCUCUGACCCACCCACACGACCCUUAUACCAUGAUUCAGGAGUACUGGGAUCGAUAUGAAGGCGUCGAUAUCCCUUUGCCCAAGGUUGAGAUCGCACAAGAGAACCAGGACUCUCACUCCAAGCGUCUGCUCCAGACCAUCGAUCUGUGGGACAAUCCUGUCCCGGAUGAGGCGAAAAUCCGCGCUCGCCGUGCCUACUUCGCCGCGUGCAGCUUUGUCGACGACCAGGUUGGCAAGCUUGUCAGGCUCCUCAAGAACUGCCAGCUAGACAAGGACACCAUUAUUGUCUUUUCCGGAGACCACGGCGACAUGCUUGGCGAGAGGAGCUUGUGGUACAAGAUGAGUUGGUACGAGAACAGUGCACGAGUACCGAUGAUUAUCAACGGACCCAACAUCGCGCCAAAGAAGGUUAAUGAGUCGGUAUCAACCAUGGAUCUUCUACCAACUUUUGUCGACCUAGCUGGUGGACGAGUCGAUGAGCGCCUUCCACUGGACGGCUCUAGUCUUCAUAACUACCUUGUUUCAGAUAAACCAGGCAAGGAUGAGGUAUUUGGUGAGUACAUGGGUGAAGGCACCGUUACGCCCACGUACAUGAUCCGUCGCAACCAGUGGAAGUUUACCUACUCUCUUGUAGACGGCCCACAACUCUACAAUCUUGUGGAAGACCCGCAGGAGCUGCAAGACCUCGCUACCUCAACGGAGCCUCAGAACCAGAAGAUGCUAGCCAAGUUUGAAGCCGAGGCGCGCGAGAAGUGGGAUUUCAAGACUAUUCACAACGACGUUGUGCGAAGCCAGCGCAUGCGCCAGCUUGCUUGCAGCGCGUUGAAAAUUGGCCGCAAGGAGUCUUGGGACUACCAACCGCCGGCCAAUGAUAGAGACCGCUUCAUCCGUUCCCACAUUCCUCUGGAUGAGCUUGAACGUCGCGCCCGCUUCCCGAUCGUGGAUUAUCUGGGCCGCGAGAAGUCAGCUUUAGCAUCUCAUCAUGGCCUUGCUGGGGCCAAGGGCCACUUUGUUCAUCACCCGCGCGCCAUCAUGUCUACUGCAGCCCGCCGCCGCUUGAUGCGCGACUUCAAGCGCAUGCAAACCGACCCGCCUGCUGGCGUCUCUGCUUCUCCAGUUGCAGACAAUGUCAUGACUUGGAACGCAGUUAUCAUCGGCCCCGCUGACACGCCGUUCGAAGAUGGAACCUUCCGCCUUAUCAUGCAUUUCGAAGAAGCGUAUCCCAACAAGCCGCCGGGUGUCAAGUUUAUCAGCCAGAUGUUCCACCCCAACGUAUACGGAACGGGCGAGCUGUGUUUGGACAUUCUCCAAAACCGAUGGUCGCCCACGUACGAUGUCGCGGCCAUCUUGACGAGUAUUCAGAGUUUGCUGAACGACCCAAACACAUCGUCUCCCGCCAACGUCGAAGCGUCAAACCUGUACAAAGAGAACCGCAAGGAAUACACCAAGCGUGUGCGCGAGACGGUGGAGAAGAGCUGGGAGGAUUGA